AUGGUUGUCGCCUGGUCUCACUCAGUUCAGUGCACGAUCCUCUACCGGAUCUGCAGCCCGUUUCUCUUGGGACUGGUUUUGGAGCUGCUGCUGGCAGCAGGUCGGCCACACAUUCCCUCGCAAUGGAGUUGUCGUGGCCAGGUUGAGAUGCAAUCUCUGCGAAGGCUUCAAGCACAGGUCGGGCGGCUGAUGGAACACGAUCACCUCCCGGCGAUCAUCGUUGAAGGAGAUAAGGCUUCGAUCAACUUUGCCAGGUUUUUAUUUGAAGAUACGUGUCUUGGUGCACGCUGGACAAUGGAGCUAUUAGUCGCAGAGUUGGCCAUGAAGAACUCUGAGGUGGGUAACAAUGGCAGCAGCUGGGCCGCGGCACUCGCAGCAGAUGGUGACAUCCACGAUCCGUUUACCGUGUUUUUUCGUGUGGAGGCACCACGUAUGUUGCUGUUCCAUGAGCUGUUGUGGGGCACUGGCACUGCCUGGGCUUCUGUGAGCGCCGGUGGUUGGAGCACCUUUGCUUUGAUGGCGAGGCUGUCUCGGUCCUUUCAGACCUAUCUUACGAAGCAAGGCAAGGCAGCAAGCGAAGCUUUGGAGGCUUUGCUGCGGCUGCAACCUACCAAGGCGAGACAUCACAUGGCAGAGCGAGCCCCUGCGGUCCUCUCCACUGCCCAAGCCUUCCUGCAAGCCGCAAACUUGUCCGAACCCUGGGCACACCGUGCAGCAGCGACAGCUGCUGCAGAGAAGCUGGUACGAAGUUGGUCACGCGCGGCUUUAAACGUGGGCUUGCCACCGUGGCAGUUAGUUGCUGCACUGCUGCUAGAUGCCCAGGCACCCCAUUUCUGGCAUUUACUCGACGAAGUGCUAUUGCCGGACGCCGUGCGCAUUUGCAUCCCUCAAGUGCUUGGCAUGCAGUCUUCCAGUCGGUGCUCGGCAAAUCAUUGCACCAAGUUGUGGGGCUUGGACCAAGCUCAGCCUGUGCAUGCUCAGAGAAACCACAGCGCAGUCGGAGAUCUUGCUGUUUUUCGUGUUGAGUCGAAGCGUGAUCUCUUGAAUGACAACAUCCGAAGCGAGUGCAACAUCUCAUGCCCACAAGCGGUCGUCGGCCUUCUGGGCAAGGUAUCCGAAAUGUUUAGAGAUCAGGUUGUGCCCGGAACAGCUUUUACCUACGUGGACGUGGGAGCGGCACUUGGUGAGUGCAUGAUGUCAGCCGCCUUCCUGCUACCAGCAGGUCGACUCCAUGGCAUAGCAUUCGAAGCUCUUCCCAACUGGGCCAGUCGCAUGAGGGAGACUUUGCGCAUCAAUGGCAUCUUUGCUUCCGGGCUCCCCAACAAAACGCGCGUGCUGGUGAGGAGUGUGGCUUUGGGCAGAGGGAAGUCAAAGGUGCUUGGUACAGCAGGCGGCUGGGGCUUUCACAUGGAGCUUGGCGGACGACCCAUCACUCUGAGAGGCUCAAGCCUGGAUACUGAAAUGGCAAGGAUGGGCAUUGCUUGGGUGGACCUACUGCACGUCUUCGUGGCGAAUGCUGAGCCAGCAGUCGUUGAGGGCGCCAGGCAGCUGCUGAAGGAGAAUCGCGUGGGCUGCGCGCUUGUGCAGACAUACCUCAGGAAGGACUUGACAGCUCCUGUCGUGCGAAUGCUCAGAUCGAGCGGAUACAAAGUCAGCAACUACAGCUUUGCGAUUCCUGAGCAUUCCUUUCGACUGCUGGCGGCAAGCCCUGCCAAAGCCCUUGCACUUUCGGGAGGAGCAGUGUGUGACCAGCGCUUCUUCCAGUGGUGGCUGCGAAGGAGACACGACCUGAAGCAAGCAAGCUCCCGAGCCUAG